GUUAUAUUUAAAAAAAAAUAAUAAUAAAUAUUAAAGUUAUUUUUCCAAGUGUUUAAUUAGUGAAGACAAAUUGAGCAAUCCAAAUAUUAUAUUUAAUAAUAAUUUUUAAAUAAAUAAAUAAAUAAAUUGACUUGUCUCUGCUCAACAGUGUAUUUAUUCGAUUCUGCGCAAACGCGGUUCUUUUUUUUGUGUGGUUGGGUUGGUGUUACAUGUACAUUGUGCAAAAACUCCAUUGUGGAUGGUGGUGAACUUUUCCCUUCAAUUCCUAACUCAAAACUGAAAAAAAAAACAGUCCCGGAACUGUGUAGUGAUUGGAGCGGAUUGUAGUGCGAUAAAUCCUAGUUGUAGUGCCCUUUGGUUAACUGUAGUUUUUGUUUUAGUGCGGCGACAAUUUAAGGAAAACCUUUUAGUCAAUGUCAGCAGGCGUGUCAGACCAGCGGAUGAAAGGACAGGGAAAUCAAGUGUCCAAUGGAUCAAAAGAGCAAAUAGGAGCUGGCGAAGGAGCUGCAGGCUCAGAAGAAUUUGAACCAUGGAGGACUCAGCAACAAAACUCUGCCGCUCACACCGCUUACGGAGCCACAGUGCCGAUUUCCAGUGCCACAGAUAUUUACAAUAUGAGCACAGCAGGUUAUUACGGAAGUGGAGGCCCGUAUCCGUAUCAAGCUUACGGCGACGGGACUUGGUCAAAUGGUACAGAUGUGACCUUUCUGAGCAGUUAUCCACAAGAUUACUCCAUGGAUGGAAUGUUCGGGCCUUCGACAACUUUUUCGACGGCCGCCUUUCAGGCGGGUCACCCGUCCUCUUUCAAUUAUUUUCCCAGUCACAGCAACGGCGGCGACUACAACACGUGGGGCAAUCAACUAGGAGGCCAGCAGCAACAACAACAACGCAAAUACGAAGACUAUUACAGAGACCCGCAGCAAAACAUAUACACACAAGCAUUACCCCAGGACAAUUCUCUUAAGGCUGUCGAACAUGCAAUGCAAAACUUAGAAUUGAAAUCUUCAAGUGAUAGUAAAGACUUAGGGCAGCAACAAAAGAAGGCGACAUGGGCGAGCAUAGCAAGCCAACCGGCUAAACCCCAACCGCCCGUGCAGAGUCAGGGACUAAAGAAAAAAGGCCCCGGAAUGCCUCCCGGUCCCAUAGUUCCCGGCAAACACAAUAUCGAUAUCGGCACGUGGGAAAGCAACAAGAGUACUCCGCCUCAGAUCCCCUUGCCCAUCAUGACAAGCGCUCCGCCGCCGUUGCCGCCCCAACCCAAAACUACGAUGCCGCCAGUUUUGGGAGGCGGGCAGAUGCGGCCUGGUUGGGCGGGGCCUCCGCCGCCUCAGCCGGCUAGACAAUCGCUUCAAGUGGCGCAUCAGCAACCGCCACCGCCACAGCGGGGACCGCAGCAUCCGCUACCGCCAGCUUUUCAACAGCAGCCUCCGACUAUGAUGCCUCCGACGCAUUUGUCUUCCCAGAUGCAGCCACCAACGACCCUUACACAGGGGAUGAUGCCAGCUCCAGUCCAUCAAAUAAUAAUACCGAGUGCCCAGACGACUCCUCUGCCAACUAGUCAUCCUGUAUUGGACGAGUUAAAGGUUAAAAAUAACUACAAUCCUACGGAAUUUGAUUUGUCGGCGCCAAAUUCUAGAUUUUUCGUUAUCAAAUCUUAUUCUGAGGAUGAUAUUCAUCGUAGUAUAAAGUACGAAAUCUGGUGUAGUACCGAGCACGGUAACAAAAGGUUGGACCAUGCUUACAGGGAAAGAGAAGGCAACGGUUGUGUGCAUUUAUUUUUCUCCGUAAACGGUUCUGGACAUUUUUGUGGUAUGGCGCAAAUGGUGUCGGCCGUCGACUAUAAUUCAAAUAGUUCUGUGUGGUCGCAAGACAAGUGGAAAGGACAAUUUAAAGUUCGUUGGAUUUAUGUUAAAGACGUGCCGAACGUCCAGCUACGACAUAUUCGUCUAGAAAAUAAUGAAAAUAAGCCGGUAACGAAUUCCAGGGACGCUCAAGAGAUUCCUCACGCUAGAGGUUUACAGGUUUUGCGAAUCAUGCAUUCUUUUCGUCACUCCACCUCCAUCUUUGACGACUUUAUCCACUACGAGAAACGCCAAGAAGAAGAGGACACUCGCAAGGUGCCACCCCAUAAAGAAGCGCCUGGAAAUUAUCCGCCUGAAGGAGGUCAUCCCAAUAAUCGCAAUGAACAGCCACAGCAGCAGCAGCAGCACCACCGUGAACACCAUCGUGGUGGAGGUGGAGCACGUAACCACCAUCAGGAUCGUGACGGCGGAGAUCGGAACGACGACCGUCAUCGCGGCGGACCGAGGCCAGAAAGAGGGGACAGAGAGGGACAUCAUGGUGGUGGAGGACAUCAUCACAGGGAGCGUGGUCGAGGUGGCCGAGGCGGAGGAGGCGGCAGUGGUAGAAAUUAAAUACCCAACAAUCCCUUUACAUUUUAUAACCUUUUAAGAAAAACCUAAAACUUCUCUUACUGUUUAAUAAGUUUCUACUACACAUAAUUUUUUUUACUAAAAAUAGUUGGCGAUAAGUGCAUAAUGAAAAGGGAUAUUAAAAAUAAUUAAAAAAAAAAAAAAUGGUAGGUAUAUGGAUUCUUAUAGUUACAAAAGAAAGUAGUCGAAAAUCUUAGAGGCUCACUUUUCGGAUUUGGCAUAAUGGAAGAAAGAAACAAAGUGCAAAAAAAAAGUGUUUUGUGUUCUAGUGCGAAAAAAAAACUGUUAAAGAACUUAUAAACUUAUUAAUAAUUUUCAGGACGAUUUCAAUAAAUAAAUAAUUAAAGUGGUGUUUGACAUUUUAAAAACAUAGUGAACCAUCGCGAACGAAAGCGCCAUUCCUUGACUGUUUUUAUAGUGAAAAUUGGAACUUUUUAACAAAUUAUUGGCUUCGUUAGUUUGAUAACGAACAUUGAGUAUACUAGUUGAUUAUGUUUUUUUUUUUGUUUCAAUUUGUAAGUAAUUUUUAAAGCACACGUUUUUUUUUUAUAAAAUAAUUAAUUGUUGGUUAAUUAGAGAAAAUUUAUAAUAAUUAUUAUUAUAAUAUGACUAUGACUAUUGAAUACCUUAUAAGCUAUGGUCAGAGUAACUAUCCUAUACAUUUUUAUAAACUGUAAAUAUCCUAUUCUUUUAUUUAUUAUGUAGUAAAUUUAAAAUCUUUAAUUUGUUGCAGCUUUCAUUUUUGUUCAUUAGGUUUUGGUAUAGUAAACAAAAACAUUAUGCUGGAAUGUAGUAUUUAAAAUCAGUAGUUACAUUGUUAAUUUUGAACAUAGCUUAUGUGGAUAAUAGAAAAUAUGGUCUGUUUGUGCCUAAAUAUUUUAGACUGAGAUGCCUACCUUUUUGCUAAAAGGGAAGCCAUAUCAAAUUUAAAACUGUCAUUGAUCCGAACAGUGGGCAUAAUUUAAAAAAAACUAUUAUGUUGAUAGCUACAAUUAAAGAAAGAUUAUUUAAAAAUAAAGUCAUUUUUUUUUUUUUGGACGGAAUGGAUAAGAUUUUUCUAACAACAUAAUUUUAUGAAUAGAAAUUCUUCAAUUUUGAAAAAUCUAAGAUUAGGUUUGUUUUUUUUUUCUAGCGAAUGACUAUCCUAUUAUGGCUUCACCGUUUGGGGUAUUUAGCAAAAACUAAUUGUGGUUGAAGGAGAUUUCCGGUUUGUCCCGCUCCGUCACCCGUUUUGUAGUGAAUUCUAAUAUACAG